GGACGCGGCGUGGCACGAGUCUCAGCUGGAGUCGGGGUGGGCUUAGCCGGGCGAGCGCAGAACGUUGAGUUGUCCGGAUCCCCGCAGUCCCGGGGUGACAUUGGCCGGGCUUUGUGUUUCCGGCUCUCGGGCCUUCCGAGGGGUCCGUGGUCGGGUCCGGCCCCGCCUAGGGGUGCGGCGGCCAGCUAACGUCUCCUGGAAGUACUGAGUCACUGUGGCACCUGGGGAAGCCACACAGAAGCUCUGGUCCCAUGGAUCCCUUGGGGGCACCUUCCCAGUUUGUGGAUGUGGACACACUGCUAAGCUGGGGUGACUCCUGUGAAGACCAACUCAGUUCUUCCCAUGUGACGGCUGAAACGGGUCCUGAAGACACCAUUAGAUCGCCUUUUCCUUUUAAUAAGGAGAUCAAUGGAAAAGUGGUUCUUUGGAAAGGAGAUGUGGCACUACUAAACUGUACGGCCAUUGUGAACACCAGCAAUGAGAGUCUCACAGACAAGAAUCCUGUGUCAGAAAGCAUCUUCAUGCUUGCAGGGCCAGAUCUGAAGGAAGACUUGCAGAAACUUAAAGGUUGCCGAACAGGUGAAGCAAAAUUGACAAAAGGAUUUAAUCUAGCGGCCCGGUUCAUCAUUCACACAGUGGGCCCUAAGUACAAGAGCCGCUAUCGCACUGCAGCAGAGAGCUCCCUGCACAGCUGCUACCGGAAUGCACUUCAGCUGGCCAAGGAACAGUCCAUGUCUUCUGUUGGAUUCUGUGUCAUCAAUUCAGCAAAACGGGGUUAUCCUUUAGAGGAUGCAACACACAUAGCCCUUCGUACUGUGAGGAGAUUCCUAGAGAUUCAUGGGGAAACCAUUGAAAAAGUAGUAUUUGCUGUCUCUGAACUUGAAGAGGCUACUUACCAAAAGCUGCUACCUCUGUACUUCCCAAGGUCAUUGAAGGAGGAGACUGGAACUUUGCCGUACCUACCUGCAGAUAUUGGAAAUGCUGAAGGAGAGCCGGUGGUCCCGGAACGGCAGAUUAGAAUAAGUGAGAAACCUGGUGCUCCUGAGGACAGCCAAGAGGAGGAGGAUGAAGGCUUGGGAGUGGAUCUGUCGUUCAUUGGCUCCCAUGCUUUUGCUCGGAUGGAAGGAGAUAUUGAUAAGCAAAGGAAACUGACACUUCAGGGACAGUUGUCGGAGGCAGCCCUGCAGAAGCAGCACCAGCGGAAUUAUAAUCGCUGGCUAUGUCAAGCAAGAUCUGAGGACCUGUCUGAUAUUGCUUCUCUGAAAGCCUUGUACCAAACAGGUGUGGAUAACUGUGGUCGCACAGUGAUGGUGGUUGUUGGAAGAAACAUUCCUGUAACACUGAUAGAUAUGGACAAGGCUCUGCUGUAUUUCAUCCAUGUCAUGGACCACAUCACUGUGAAGGAGUACGUCUUAGUCUAUUUUCACACACUGACCAGCGAGUACAAUCACCUCAACUCUGACUUCCUGAAGAAGCUCUACGAUGUUGUUGAUAUCAAGUACAAGAGGAAUUUGAAGGCUGUUUAUUUUGUUCACCCAACAUUUCGUUCAAAGGUAUCAACGUGGUUCUUCACCACCUUUUCUGUCUCAGGACUGAAGGAUAAAAUCCAUCACGUGGACAGUCUGCACCAGCUGUUUUCUGCAAUAUCACCAGAACAGAUCGACUUUCCUCCCUUUGUCCUUGAAUAUGAUGCUAGGGAAAAUGGGCCUUAUUACACAUCUUACCCUCCAUCACCAGAUUUGUGACCCUCAUCGUCCACUGCUUCUUGAGGCCAAGGAUGCUACUUCUGCUGUGAAUUGCUUCAUGUGGAAGUGCUGUUCAUUUUGCUGUACAGACCCAGAGAGCCUUUUGUCCCCUCCUCUCUGGUAUUUUUUUAUUGACUAUAUAUUUUCUGGCACACCAGCAGUCUGAAAAACUGGUAGGCCAUUCUGAACUGCACACAUUUUAAAUUUGUAUAUUUGUAUCAAAUGGAAAUGGUCAUUUUUAGAGUGUUGUUACUGGAAACUGGGGAGCAACUUUUGAACAUCUUCAGUUUCCCAAAGGACCUUGGAAUCUGCAUUACACAGGGCAUCAACAUUGUUGACCUCAUCACUUAAACAUUGCAUGCUUCCUUUGUGUAUUUAAUAAGUGUUCCCAAAAUAUACAGAGCCAACGUACGCUGA